CGGCAUCCGUAAUUCCGCAUUCGUGCGUUGUGUUUGGUUGCAGGAAAACUUGCUGUGGUGUGGACACAUUUAAGUUUUGCCAUCAUGUCGGACAAAAGUGAGCUGAAAGCAGAGCUUGAACGGAAGAAACAGCGCCUGGCCCAGAUCAGAGAGGAGAAGAAGAGGAAGGAAGAGGAGCGCAAAAAGAAAGAGGCCGACCAGAAGAAGGAUGCCGCCCCGCACCCGGACGACUCGGACCUGGAGAAGAAGAGACGCGAGGCAGACGCCCUGCUCCAGAGCAUGGGCCUCACCGACACACCUGCGGCCCCCCUUUCCACGUCACCAACCUCCAAGUCUGUGGGCACGCCGAGCGAGGCAGGGAGCCAGGACUCGGGCGAUGGCACCGUGGGACCCAGACCUCUGGAGAGCAACACUGGCCAACCUCUGUACAGUUCAGCGUUGCACACUAAGAACUUGCAUUUACAAACCAUGACUCUACACUGGGACUCUGACCCAUCCACGCUCCUGCUUCACUCUGAUUCUGAACUGGGGUGCAGCGCGGCCAAGCUGGGCAUGGCCAAGGUCACCCACGUGGACUUCCCCCCCCGGGAGAUGGUGUCCUACACCAAGGAGACCCAGACCCCGGUCCUGACCCAGCAGAAAGCAGAGGAGGAAGAGGAGGAGGAGGAGAGCUCCCCCCCGCAGGCCGCGCUGGAGACGCAGAGCGAGCCCCCGGUGCAGGAGGACGAGGAGGAGGAGGCUCCCCCACACGAGCUGACUGAGGAGGAGAAGCUGCAGAUCCUGCACUCUGAGGAGUUCAUGACCUUCUUCGACCACAGCACGCGCAUCGUGGAGCGGGCCCUGUCCGAGCACGUGGACAUGUUCUUCGACUACAGCGGGCGUGACCUGGAGGAGAAGGAGGGGGAGAUCCAAGCAGGAGCCAAGCUGUCUCUGAACAGGCAGUUCAUGGACGAGCGCUGGUCCAAGCACCGAGUAGUCACCUGUCUGGACUGGUCCCCUCAGUAUCCUGAGCUGCUGGUGGCCUCGUACAACAACAACGAGGAAGCUCCUCACGAGCCGGACGGCGUGGCGCUGGUGUGGAACAUGAAGUACAAGAAGAACACGCCCGAGUACGUCUUCCACUGCCAGUCUGCAGUGAUGUCCGCUACCUUCGCCAAGUUCCACCCCAACAUGGUGGUGGGGGGCACCUACUCUGGGCAGAUCGUUUUGUGGGACAACCGGAGCAACAAGAGGACCCCCGUCCAGAGGACCCCCCUGUCAGCAGCGGCCCACACGCACCCAGUGUACUGUGUGAACGUGGUGGGCACCCAGAACGCCCACAACCUGAUCAGCAUUUCCACAGAUGGGAAGAUGUGUUCCUGGAGCCUGGACAUGCUCUCUCAGCCCCAGGACAGCCUGGAGCUGACGCUGUUCAAGCAGUCCAAGGCGGUGGCGGUCACCUCCAUGUCCUUCCCCCUGGGAGACGUCAACAACUUUGUGGUGGGCAGCGAGGACGGAUCGGUCUACAUGGCGUGUCGUCAUGGAAGCAAAGCGGGCAUCAGUGAGAUGUUCGAGGGCCACCACGGGCCAAUCACGGGCAUCGACUGUCACACGGCGGCCGGGCCGCUGGACUUCACCCACCUGUUUGUCACUUCCUCCUUCGACUGGACCGUCAAGCUGUGGAGCACCAAGAAUAACAAGCCGCUGUACUCGUUUGAGGACAACUCUGACUAUGUGUAUGACGUCAUGUGGUCCCCGGUCCACCCUGCUCUGUUUGCCUGUGUGGAUGGUGUGGGCCAUCUGGACCUGUGGAACCUCAACAACGACACAGAGGUUCCCACAGCCAGCGUGACGGUGGAGGGGAACCCCGCCCUGAACAGGGUGCGCUGGGCCCACUCCGGCAGAGAGAUCGCCGUGGGAGACUCGGACGGACAGAUCCUCGUCUACGACGUGGGAGAGCAGAUCGCCGUUCCCCGGAGCGACGAGUGGACACGCUUCGUGCGCACGCUGGCGGAGAUCAACGAGAACCGUGACGACGCCGAGGAGCUGGCAGCACAGCGGCUCGCCGCCUGAGCCGGUCGCCGCGGCAACGCCAGCGCGGGGGGGGGGGGGGGGGGGGGGGCCGGGGAGGGGCCUGUUACCGCCGGAGAUGCAGCCUCGUUCAGACUGAAGGGGAAAUACUUGAUGGGGCUCAGGAGGGGCCUGGUUAUGUGAAGACCUUCUGGUUAAGAUUUAAACACACUAUGACACUCCUGCCUUUUUGUGUUGGCUGAUUAAGCCCUGGUCUAGGAUAGGAUAAGUAAUAGGGCUAUCAACCUCAGACACAAGUGGCAAAGCCAUCCUCUGCAAUACAAACGAGCUAUUCACCUUUCUUCAGUAGUCCCGAACCAGAAGCCUUAAAGAUAGAAAUGUUAACAUACAUGUAUCACGUGUCUGUAUCCAUACUGGUGGCCAUCCAGUCUCAAAGGACGGCUUCAUCUGAUCUUCUCCCCUGAGGUCGUGUACCCGAGGUCGCGUACCCGAGGUUGUGACCUGUGUCUUCGCUCCUCCACCUGACCUGCUGGAUCCUGUCACGUCUGCUCCACACAGGGAAGGAGAUAUCUCAUCCUCCACCACAAUCCUGUUAGACUAGACGAAUGCCAAAUGCCCCCUUGUUUGUAAAUUAUAAACCGAUGUAACUUUUCCUCAAUCUGAAUGUCUUUCUUUGUACCGAUGUAUUCCUCUGAAAAGUGACAUUUGUCACUGAAGAUGUCACCCAUCUGGUUGACGUUUAGAGUUUGUGAUGAAUAGCUUCUAAUGCCUGAGUUUAUGAUGCCGUUUUGGGGGAGGGUAUGAUAUCUGCUGAGUCAAUCACAUACUGUAGUGUCUCUUUACUGGAUGUCAAAUCUAAACUAAUGCCUUUUUUGUGUCUGCCUUCUUGUAGAAGGUCUACCGCAGUUUCAUACAUCUCGGAAUGUACUUUUCACACAGUAUGAACCUUUGGAUGAUUUAUUUCAACAAAAUACAAUAAAUACAUUUAAAUUA